AUUUAUCGAAUCGGCAGUAUACUCAAAAGUUUGUUGUUUUACCACCCUAAAUAUUUGCAAGGUGGCCGCGGGGAAAAUUUAUUAAUGCAUUAUCUGAAGCAUCAGUUGGUCAAGUUGUCGUCGCUAGUUGUCUUGCAUUUUGAAGCAAUUUAAUCGACAUUGAUCGCAGCAACGGAUUCGGUAAUUACCACAAGGGACAAAAAAAAAGAAUAAGAGAAAUGUAUAUUGGCAACAUAGCAACAAGUCUGUUUGUUGCUUUUGCAUUACUAGCCUCAGUAUUAGCAGAUUUGAAGGUAUUGUCAACAACAGCUUCAUCUAUUGAAUGGAAUUUAGAAGACCAGUUAAAACCUGAAAACAAAUAUACUGCUGAGGUUAUUCAAUAUGCCGGAUCAAGUAAAGUGAGAGUAAUUGACGAACCAAUAAGAACGAAAAUUAAAUCGUAUCGGGCUUUCAAUUUAAAGUCAAACGGUCUUUAUCAACUGCAGAUUCGUAUGGCAGGAGUUAAAGGGAUUCAUAUAAUGAGUCCUCCAACUUAUACUAAUUUAAAAUGUUAUUCCUGUACCGGAGUCAAAGAUGCAGAUUCAUGCACAAAAGUAAUCGAAUGCUCACCCAACGAAAGGCAAUGUUAUACUCGUGUGAGAUAUUUGCCAAAAUCUGGAGGCAGAUUUUCAAUUUCGAAGGGAUGUAAAGUUUCCACUGAUGUAUGCAAGCCAAAUUUGGAAAGAAUAAAAAUACAGAGAGAAGCCAACUCUGAAACUGGUGAUUUAACUGAUGAACAGGUUUUAAAAACAAUGCCAGGACUGAAAUUUUUUGGCAGUUUAGAGAAGUUAUUUCAAAAAUCUCCAUCGAUUCUUAAAAGAGUGAAGAAAAAAUACAAUGAAAAUAAAAAGAAUAUGCUGCAGAACGCACUAAAAGCAAAUUGUUCUCAACGGGAAGAUCCAACAAAUUUUUGUAGAUGCUGUUGCAAUUCAGAAAGAUGUAAUCAUGGUAUGAUGGAUUGUGGAUUGACGGAUCCCCCGGAUUAUAAAGAAGCGGAACCUUUACCUCCUGAUAUCGCCACAACUGCCGCUCCAACGACAAUACCAGAAACACCUAUGCGAAAAGUGGCACCCGUGUGUCGAGAUUUUAAUGGCGGAUGCGAUCACAUUUGCAUUCCAAUAAACAAAACAUCAGUUCGCUGCGAGUGCUAUGAAGAUUAUACGCUACAAGAAGAUGGACAAACUUGUAAAACUCAUCUACUUCAUGCUGUUGCUGAUGCUGGUCCAGACAUUACAAUAACAUUACCCCAAAACAGAAUAACAAUUUCUGCUAUUAAUACAAAGGGCUCAGUAAAAAGAUAUCGAUGGUGGGCCCCAAUCGCAUAUGGUGACAUUGGUGGCAUGUCUGUAUCGAAUACAACACAACGUGAUUUGAAUGUUGUUAAUUUGAGUGAAGGGACGUAUAAAUUUAUUCUAACGGUUACUGGAAUGGAUGGUCGUCGGUCAUCAGAUGUUAUGACGUUGACAGUAAAACCACACCCCUCUACAAUUAACGAGAGAGAGGAAACUGCUAAAUUGAUAAACAAGCCUGUGAAACUACAAGUUACUGUUAUUGGCCAAAGUCGAUUUGGUUCUGUAAUACGUCGCAAAGAAUAUAAAAACUUUGUAAAGAAGCUCAACGUUACCACGGUACCACCUUCUACUACUACAUUACCACGCCUGCUAUUCAGAAGUAAGCCAACAAUGCCAAAAAUAUCCAUUUUUCGCCGUUCUAGAAUUUCUAAGCCAAAAACGACACCCGUUGUUUUAUCGAAAGGUCCACUUCUAAAUCAAACUACACGCAAACCUGUUAACAAUAAAACCAAGCCAACUCGACCCAGAAUUUCAAAACCUAAAAGAAGACCUACAGCUAGAUCAAGGGUCCCGAAACCGACGACGACUGAAAAUAUACAGACAUCUUCUUCGAUUAUCACAACUACAUCCUCAAAUAAAAACUUCCAUACCCCAAAUCAAACUAGACAAAAAUCACAGAUGACGCGCCCAGCACCAACCACCUCUUCAAAACUCAAUGAAGAGAAAAAACGGUCGACAGAAACCCCAGAGGUGAAGUUAACUACAGAAGUUACUGAAAAUAACGCUACAUCCCGGAACAAAAUUUAUUUGUCUGAACCAACGACAGCAAUCAAGGAAGGUACUCCCUCUGUUCGUACGACUCCAUUUAGUGCAAAACCAACGAUAUCCAAAGCUAUGCCAACUCCUAUUUCCCCAACUACUGCAAAAUCAGUUGUUUUUCACACAAGAAGCAAAAAACAACAUCAAGGAAGUAAGAUGUCCUCCGGUAAGAAGGGAAUGUAACAAUUCAUGAUUUAAUUAAGAUUUUCGCAAUUUCAUUUUUUCUGUGGCGUAUCUCGGCACAAUGACACAAUUGAAAAAAUCAUGAACGCGUUCUCAUAUAUAACAUUUCAUACUUUACACGAAAAUAAGAACAACAGAAAUAUUUUGAAACAUAAAAUCCUUUUUCGAUAUGGCAUGCAUCCUCUUGUAUAUGUUUGAAAAAAGUGUUCGUCUAUGUAUUGGGAAUACCGAUUAUUACUUAUCGAUUUUAAUCGGUGAGUAUGUUGAUAGGUAUUUGUCUGUCUGUAUGUCUGUUUGUCUGUUGGAUGCACGCAAUAUCUCACGAAAGCGAGAUUGAAUCUGCUCCAGA